UGGGAAAUAUUAAAUCCUACAAUUUCAAAUUUUAUUGCUUUAGACGAUUUUAAAAGAAAUAUUUUACCUAUAACUGCAUAUUUCUAAUAUAAAAUAAAAAUUCGAAUUCAGUAUGUCUUUUUUACCAGUAACACACGUUAUUUUUGACAUGGAUGGCUUAAUAUUAGAUUCAGAAAAAGUCUACUUAGAAAGUAUUACUGAAGUACUAAAUAGAUAUGGAAAAGUUUAUACAAAUGACUUGCGUUUAAAAGUAAUGGGAACAAUACCAAUUAAUACAGCCUCAAUUAUUAUAAAAGAACUUGGUAUGGAAGUAGCACCUAAUGAUUUGAUGGCAGAAUUUUAUAUUAAUCAAUUAGAAAAAAUGACCAAUGUGCCACUAAUGCCAGGCGCUGAAAAAUUAAUUACUCAUUUACAUAAAAGUAAUGUGCCAAUAGCUGUAGCUACAAGUAGUGGCAAAGAAACAUUUAAAGUAAAAACGGCUAUCCAUCAGGAAUUGUUUUCAAAAUUUCAUCAUAUUGUAUUAGGAAGUGCUGAUCCAGAAGUGAAAGAGGGUAAACCAUCUCCUGAUAUAUUUCUAGUUUGUGCUACUCGUUUUAAAGAUAAACCUAACUCCAAAAAUUGUUUAGUAUUCGAAGAUGCUCCAAAUGGAGUAACUGCUGGUAUAAAGGCUGGAAUGCAAGUUGUAAUGGUACCAGAUAAAAUUAUCCCAAUCGAAAAAACAACUCAUGCUACUCAAGUGAUAACAUCUCUUGAAGAUUUCAAGCCAGAAGAUUUUGGACUACCACCUUUUAAUUAGUUUUUAACAAUUUUGAAACUAAUUAAGUUGUUAUCUUAUAG